CUUCCGGUGGCCGGAAGCUCUGGUUGGCCGAUCCAGUCAGAGGGGCGGGACGCCAGCAAUUCAAAUGGUGGAGGCGGCCCGAAGCUGUGAGUGAAGAGAAGUGUGCACUCGGUGCUCUCGAGGAGGCUGCUGAGCCGGGAGAUGGCGGCGGCCACCGCGGGAGCUGGUCGCUGUCAUCUAAGCAAGGUAGGGACUGGCCGGCGCCCACCUCCAGCUCGAGUAAGGGUGGCUGUACGACUGCGGCCAUUUGUGGAUGGAGCAGCUGGAGCAAAUGAACCCCCCUGCGUGCGAGGCAUAGACAGCUGCUCUCUUGAGGUUGCCAACUGGAGAAACUACCAGGAAACCCUCAAAUAUCAGUUUGAUGCCUUCUACGGGGAGAGGAGUUCUCAGCAGGACAUCUAUGCGGGUUCAGUACAGCCCAUCCUAAGGCACUUGCUGGAAGGGCAGAACGCCAGUGUGCUUGCUUAUGGGCCCACUGGGGCAGGGAAGACACACACAAUGCUGGGCAGCCCAGAGCAACCUGGAGUGAUUCCCCGAGCUCUCAUGGACCUCCUACAGCUCACAAGGGAAGAAGGUGCUGAGGGCCGGCCAUGGGACCUUUCUGUCACUAUGUCCUACUUAGAGAUAUACCAGGAAAAGGUAUUAGACCUCUUGGACCCUGCGUCAGGAGACCUGGUCAUCCGAGAAGACUGUCGAGGAAACAUCCUGAUUCCAGGCCUCACACAGAAGCCUAUCACUAGCUUCUCUGAAUUUGAGCGGCACUUCUUGCCAGCCAGUGGAAAUCGAACCGUGGGAGCUACCAGGCUUAACCAACGUUCCUCCCGUAGUCAUGCCGUACUCCUGGUCAAGGUGGAUCAGCGGGAGCGUCUGGCCCCAUUUCGCCAGCGGGAAGGAAAACUUUACCUUAUUGACUUGGCUGGCUCAGAGGACAACCGGCGCACAGGCAACCAGGGCAUUCGGCUCAAAGAGAGUGGAGCCAUCAACACCUCCCUCUUUGUACUGGGCAAGGUGGUAGACGCACUGAAUCAGGGCCUCCCUCGUGUGCCCUAUAGAGACAGCAAGCUCACUCGUCUAUUGCAGGACUCUCUGGGUGGCUCAGCCCACAGCAUCCUCAUUGCCAACAUUGCCCCUGAGAGACGUUUUUACCUGGAUACAGUCUCUGCACUUAACUUUGCUGCUAGGUCCAAGGAAGUGAUCAACCGACCUUUCACCAAUGAGAGUCUGCAGCUUCAUGCCUUGGCACCUGUUAAGCUGUCUCAGAAAGAACUGCUAGGCCCAUCAGAAGCAAAGAGAGCCCGAGGCCCUGAGGAAGAAGAGAUUGGGAACCCUGAGCUUACAGCAUCAGCAGCCUCUGCCUCCCAGAAGCUAAGCCCCUUACAGAAACUAAGCAAUAUGGACCCAGCCAUGUUGGAGCGCCUCCUGAGUUUGGAUCGCUUGCUGGGCUCUCAGGGAAGCCAAGGGACACCUCUGCUGAAUACCCCAAAGCGAGAGCGAAUGGUACUCAUUAAGACAGUGGAGGAAAAGGACUUGGAGAUUGAGAGGCUUAAGAUGAAGCAAAAAGAACUGGAGGCCAAGGUCCUGGCCCAAGAGGCUUUGGAUCCAAAGGAGAAAGAGAACUCUCUCACAGUGCACCGACCCCUUCCCCGUCGUACAGUCACAGGGGCAAAACCCCUGAAAAAGGCUGUGGUGAUGCCCCUGCAACUGAUUCAGGAGCAGGCAGCAUCCCCAAAGACUGAAAUCCACAUCCUGAAGAAGAGAGGCCGCAAAAGAAAGGUGGAGUCCUCUCAAGUGUCAGAGCCAGUGGAAAAGGCCUCUGAAGACUGCUGGGAACUACAGAUUAGCCCAGAGUUACUGGCCCAUGGGCGCCAAAAAAUACUGGAUCUGCUGAAUAAAGGCUCGGCCAGAGAUCUGCGCAGUCUGCAGCGCAUUGGCCAGAAGAAGGCCCAGCUCAUCGUGGGCUGGAGGGAGCUCCACGGCCCCUUCAGUCAGGUGGAAGACUUGGAACGUGUGGAGGGCAUCUCUGGGAAACAGAUGGAGUCUUUCCUGAAGGCGAACCUCCUGAGCUUGGCUGCCGGCCCGCGCUGUGGUCCCUGACUACCAGCUCCUCUCAACUCCCCCUCCCCACUUCAAGUCCUUGUAUAAUUGCGUAUUCUGUAAAUACAGUUUUAACUCUG